AUGAAGGACGGCAAGCAAAUACCUGGCUCGCAUCAAGAUCCUGUCGAAACCUUUAAAGGUCAUCCGGGAAUGAUCAUCACCUCCAUUGCCACAUUUCAAGAUGGCAGAAGAAUAGCGACUAGUUGUGAUGAUAACACAAUGCGCAUCUGGAGGCUUGAAGACGGCACAGAAUUGAUGAAGUGGGAAGUGAGGGAGGUCGGUGCACUUGUGAUCUUGCGAAACGGGAAACACGUGCUCUGUGCUGAGGAAGAGCUCGAAUUUGAUGCAAGAGAGUUAUGGGUGCGUGAUGCUGAAAGUGGGAGGGUCAUUGCAGGUCCCGUUAAGGACGGCCACACCGACUUCGUGGAUACUUUGGACAUCUCCCCUGAAGGCGAGAUACUGGCCACCGUCUAUUGCAUUCAAAUUUCUCCGUCCACUCACCAACUCGCCGUUGCUAUCCAUAAAGACAUCGAAACAUGGGACUUAGACCGAAGGAAGUGUCUUGUUCAAUUCAACGGUCACCGCACCCGUAUUAUUACGCACAACAGCUUGCUCACCUGGACUCGUGAUGGCUCCCAUCUCCUCUCAGCAGGCAAUGAUUCCGUCAUCCGCUCGUGGGAGACCUCCACCUGGAAACAAGCCGGUGAUCCUUGGAUCGGCCAUGACUCGGACGAUUAUAUGGACAUCAGCCAUAUCACCCUGAACUCAGCAGGCACCCUUCUCGUGUCAGUAUCUGAUGACCAUUCCGUUCGCCUGUGGCAGCUCCCCGCAGGCACAGAAGUCGCCCGAUUUCAGCACUCACAUGAAGUGUCUCGUGUUACAUUCUCGGUGGAUGAACGCUUUAUAUUCAGCGGCGGCCUGAACAAAAUAUCGCAAUGGGAGAUACCGGAGCAGGUGCUCGCAGCGGUGCGAAGUGAUUCUCUCGCUGGCGAGAACAAUGAGGCUGGUCCUUCACAUCCAUGCAAUAUGAAAGGCCCACUCGAUCUUAAUCAACAGGAUGCGGCUGUCGUUAGGCAAUAA